AUGGGACAUGCAAAUUCGAGAUUACCAUAUCCUAUGAACCGCACAAUUCUGGAUAUGGUUGAAGAACAAUUCGCGGAGAAUCACAUUCCCAUUCGCGAAUUCGCCGAAAUUGACUUUCGCAAUUUACGACGAAAAAUCCAACGUCGUGUAUUACGCUAUUUGAGAUCCUCUUUCACACCGGAACAACUGGACGUGAUGAACCAUUCAAAUGACGGCCUAUCUCAAAUCAGUUCCACUCAGUGGGAAACGCUGCACUCAAUCAUUCGCGACAGUGUUCACCAGUUCACGCAAUCCCACACUCGACUCAGAGCCACUGUCAACUUCAGACCAAGAGAUAACCUUCGUUUUGCACGUCCGAACGGUGGAGGCCUACAACCGAUGCUUAAACGUAAGUUUCUGAAUCGGAUGUAG